CAGGAAGCUGAGGUGGGAGGAUCGCUUGAGCUGGGGAGGUGGAGGUUGCAGUGAGCCGAGGUUGCACCACUGCACUCCAGCCUGGGCGACAGAGCCAGACCCUAUCUCAAAAAAAGAAAAAGAACAGAACCUGCUUCCCUUCCUCCUGACCACAUUCCUGUUUCCCCCUUUCAGUCCAGGGAGUGGCCUGUCCUCAGUUGGGAAAUGAGAUUUUCAGUAACUUAGUGAAGAAAAUAUGACAGCAUAAUGACUGGAAAGGCAAAUAGAAUAGUACACUAGGUAAAUGAAACUCAACCAGCUUCCAAAAGCAAUGUUCUUAGUGCAUGCCAUUAUUAAUGUCACACCAAAAUGGGUUUUUGUUUCCAUAGUGUAGUUCCUCAAUCAGAAAGCCAGUUUUUAUUCUGCUUAUCUCCAGAGCUUUUGUUUGCCUUUUGCUCACCUUAGCCCCCCCUAAACCAGAUAAAAAGACCAGAGAGAGCCUGGUUGAGAUGAGUCUUGGAGGAAGGCAUCCGUUAAGGACACUGGAAAAGGCAGGAUCUUUUGUUUUGGUUCAUAAUGAAGUGGCUUCGGCUGUUCUUUCUCCAUCCUGUAUCAUUUUAUCAGGGGGCUGCAUUUCCUUUUGCACUUCUGUUCAAUUAUCUCUGCAUCAUGGAUUCAUUCUCCAUUCGUGCCAGGUAUCUCUUUCUCCUGGCUGGAGGAGGCGCCCUGGCUGUGGCUGCCAUGGGUCCCUAUGCCGUGCUCGUCUUCACCCCUGCUGUCUGCACGGUGGCUCUCCUCUGUUCUCUGGCCCCGCAGCAAGUCCACAGGUGGACCUUCUGCUUUCAGAUGAGUUGGCAGACCUUGUGUCACCUGGGUCUGCACUACACUGAGUAUUACCUGCAUGAGCCUCCUUCUGCGAGAUUCUGCAUCACUCUUUCUUCUCUCAUGCUCUUGACCCAGAGGGUCACAUCCCUCUCUCUGGACAUUUGUGAGGGAAAAGCAGAGACAGCAUCUGGAAUCAUCAGGAGCAGGAGCUCUUUGUCUGAGCAUGUGUGUAUGGCACUGCCCUAUUUCAGCUACUUGCUCUUUUUCCCUGCUCUCCUGGGAGGCUCUUUAUGCUCCUUCCAGCAAUUUCAGGCUCGUGUUCAAGGGUCCAGUAGUUUGUAUCCGAGGCACUCUUUCUGGACUCUGAGCUGGAGGGGUCUGCAGAUUCUUGGACUAGAGUGCCUAAACGUGGCUGUGAGCAGGGUGGUGGGUGCCGGAGUGGGACUGACAGAUUGCCAGCAAUUCGAGUGCAUCUAUGUCAUGUGGACCACAGCUGGGCUCUUUAAACUCACCUACUACUCCCACUGGAUCCUGGACGACUCCCUCCUCUACGCAGCAGGCUUUGGGUCUGAGCUUGGUCAGAGCUCUGGAGAGGAGGAAUAUGUCUCUGAUGCAGACAUCUGGACCCUGGAAAGAACCCACAGGAUAUCCGUGUUUGCAAGAAAGUGGAACCAAAGCACAGCUCGAUGGCUCCGACGACUUGUAUUCCAGAACAGCAGGGCUUGGCCAUUGUUUCAGACAUUUGCCUUCUCUGCCUGGUGGCAUGGACUCCAUCCGGGACAGGUGUUUGGUUUCCUUUGCUGGGCUGUGAUGGUGGAAGCUGACUACCUGAUUCACUCCUUUGCCAAUGGGUUUAUCAGAUCCUGGCCGAUAAGGCUGUUCUAUAGAACCCUCACCUGGGCCCACACCCAGUUGAUCAUUGCCUACAUCAUGCUGGCUGUGGAGGUCAGGAGCCUUUCCUCUCUCUGGUUGCUCUGUAAUUCUUACAACAGUGUCUUUCCCAUGGUGUACUGUAUUCUGCUUUUGUUAUUGGUGAAGAGAAAGCACAAAUGUAACUGACGUCUUUCCCUGGCUUUCAUCUUAUGCACCCAUGCAACAGUUUAGAAAGUGCCAGAUUACUAAGACCAGCUCGGUCAUAGAGACCCCCAACACCCACAAGUGGUGGUGAAGGAAUUAAGAAACAGACACAAAGAGUGCAAAGUGAGACUGUCGGGGCUAACAGCCUUCCAUGUUGAGAGCCUCAAGCCGACUUUGACCCACAUAUUUAUUCUCUCUGAACAGGUGAUUAUUAUUAACAAACAGGUGUUCUGUGUUUUCUCAUAAAACAAAAAUAAACUAGGCAGGUAGCUGGUGCCUACUUACCACUGAUCAAAGAAAAACUAGAAAGCAUUCUCCACGAGGGAGCCAUGGGGACAGGGUCACAUAUCCCAUGAUUGAAGAACUAGUUUAACUGGUGUGUGAUAUAGACAUACUGUUUACUAUUUUAGAACACCCUGAGCAGUUUUCUGCUUUGGGGGCCGGCUCGGUUUUCCUUGCUGUCAUUCUCAGCAAACAGUAUAGUCCAUCAUACACUGAGCACCAGAUGACGCGUCAGUGAUGCAUACAUUUGAACUUUUCCAUAAUAAAAAUUUUUCUAAAGUUUUGGAUGAAUAUACCAAAUGACUUGCAGUAGGGAUGUACGUGUCUACUUUAGCAAGCUAUUCUGCUGGUACUGAGGAUACAGAAAGGAAAUAGAUGUGGUUUCUUCCCUUAAGGUUUAUAGCCUAGAUGUGGAAGCAAAGAUUAAGUAAAGUGAAACAUAAAAACACAAGGUGCUAUGAACCAGAUGGCAAAUACUCUAUAUAUAGACACCCCAAAAUUGAGUGUUCAGUUGGCCCACCUGAUCCCGGAAUGGGAACUUUAGCAACACAAAACCAAACCAAAACAAUACCUAACUCAUUAUCAUAUUGGUUUGUUAUGUGAACUAGAGAUUCAUACCUAUUCAUAAGUUUGAAAAUUUUGUCUAAAUUUGUAAAUUUGGGCCAGGUGCAGUGGCUCAUGCCUGUAAUCCCAGCACUUUACAGGGCUGAGGUGGGAGGAUUACUUGAGGCCAUGAGUUUGAGACCAGGUUGGGCAACGUAGCAAGAACUUGUCUCAAAAUAUAUAUAUAUAUAUAAUUGGGUGGGCAUGAUGUAUGCACCUAAAGACCUAGCUCCUCUGGAGGCUGAGACAGAAGGAUCUUUUGAGCCCAGGAGUUCGAGGCUGCCGUGAGCUGUGAUUGUGCCACUGCACCCCAGCCUGGAUGACAGAGGGUUAAAAAUUUUUUUGAAAAUUUGAAAAAAAUUUGUCCUAAAAAUAGAAUGGCUGAUAGGAUUCCCAGAUUUAUGUCAAUAAACUGAAAACCCACCUAAGACAUGAUAACUAUUUACAUAAUUGUUAAAUACAAAGCUGACUCAUAAACAUGUCUUACAAAGAGAUCAAUAACAGGAAGUAAAUGCCAUUUCAAUAUAACUUUGAGGGUGAGUUUGAUUCUUGUUUUCUUGGCAUAGUCUAUAUAACUUCCUCUGUUUCUUCCUGUUAGGAUUUAAAAUACACCAAGAGAAAGGUGUCAGGAUGGCUGGGUGCAAUGCCUCAUGCCUGUAAUCCCAGCACUUUGGGAGGCCGAGGCAGGUGGAUCACCUGAGGUCAGAGUUUGAGAGCAGCUCACCAACAUGGAGAAACCCAGUAUCUAUUAAAAACACAAAAUUAGCCAGGAGUGGUGGCACAUGACUGUAAUUCCAGCUACUCAGGAGGCUGAGGCAGGAGAAUUGCUUAAACCCAGGAGGCAGAGGUUCCAGUGAGCCGAGAUCACGUCAUUACACUCCAGCCUGGGCAACAAGAGCAAAACUUAGUCUCAAAAAAAAAAAAAAAAAGAGAAAGAUAUCAGGACUUCUAAAUUAUGCAGUAGCAAUGUCACUUAACUAGCACUUAGAAAUUACUGCCACAUCUGCAGGUCACCAGUACUCUUAUGUAAUUACCAUUUUUCUUUAAUCAACUUUAAUUCAACUUAUUUAUAAAAUUUACCCCUCUUCUAAGCAAUGGCAGUGAUAAAAAUUGGGUUUGGUGUGCUAAUUCUAUUUUACUCUAGAACUCACUAAAAGAAAUACAUGCUCGUUCAAAUAAAAGAAACUGUUCGUGUGCUACGUAAAAGCAUCUGCUUACCCAAAGUGACAUCUAUCCCACCAUACAAAGCAUACAGGUAUUUCAGCUUGUUGAAUAUUCCAAACCCAUCCUUGUCAUCCUUUUCAAAAUGUAAAAUUGCAAAUAAGCUUUUUGAUAUGGUUUGGGUUUGUGUCCCCACCCAAAUCUCAUAUUGAAUUGUAAUCCCCAGUGUUGGAAGAAGGGCCUGGUAGGAGGUGAUUAAAUCAUGGGGGUGGAUUUCUCUCGCUGUUCUCGUAAUAGUGAGUUCUCACAAGAUCUGGUUGUUUAUCAAAGUGUGUAGCACCUCCCCGUCUUUCUCUUUCUCCUGCUCCAGCCAUGUAAAAUGCGCCUCUUUCCUCUUCACCUUCCACCAGGAUUGUAAGCUUCCUGAGGCCUCCUGUACAGCCAUGCUUCCUGUAUAGCCUGUGAAACCGUGAGCCAAUUAAACUUCUCUUUUCUUUAAUUA